AUGGGCUCCGUGUUACCCGGGUCCUCCCUGGGCCUGAAGCCGGCCUUUAAGCCGCAGCAGCCGCUCUCCCUCGCGGACAUCAUCACCUCGGACAUCCUGCACAGCUUCCUGUACGGCCGCUGGAGGCACGUGCUGGGCGAGCAGCAGCACCACCACGCGCACCCGCAUCACCUGCAGCACGAGGACCGCACGGCGCCGAGCGCGAGCCCCAAGACCGCGUUCACGGCGGAGGUUCUGGCCCAGUCCUUCUCCGGAGAGGUGCAGAAGUUGUCCAGUCUGGUUUUACCCAGUGAGGUGAUCAUCGCCCAGAGCUCCGUUCCAGGUGAAGGUCUGGGUAUUUUCUCCAAGACCUGGAUCAAAGCCGGAACCGAGAUGGGUCCGUUCACGGGUCGCCUCAUUUCCCCAGAACACAUCGACCUGUACAAGAACAACAACCUGAUGUGGGAGGUGUUCAACGAGGACGGCUCGGUCCGGUACUUCAUCGAUGCGAGUCAGGAGGACCAGAGGAGCUGGAUGACCUACAUUAAAUGUGCCCGCAAUGAACAGGAGCAGAACCUGGAGGUGGUCCAGAUCGGCAGCAGCAUCUUCUACAAGGCUGUGGAGGUCAGUGAACGCCUCACAGCAGGGGAUCAGCCUCUGGGUAGUUCAGUGGACUGUGGAUCAGUUGGACUCUGGGGUGGUGGUGCCCUCUGCUGGUCCAACUCUGAACCUGCUCCUGAACCUGCUCCUGAACCUGCUCCUGAUCCUGCUCCUGAUCCUGGUUCUGAACCUGCUCCUGAACCUGCUCCUGAACCUGGUUCUGAACCUGCUCCUGAACCUGCUCCUGAUCCUGCUCCUGAACCUGGUUCUGAACCUGCUCCUGAUCCUGCUCCUGAACCUGGUUCUGAACCUGCUCCUGAACCUGCUCCUGAACCUGACCAUCCCUCCAGACCAGGAGCUCCUCGUCUGGUACGGAAACUCCCACAACACCUUCUUGGGGAUUCCAGGGAUUCCAGGAGGAGACGAAGAGCACACCAAGAAGAACAAGAACGGUACCUGGUCACCGCUCCUCGCCUGUUUCGUCUCGACGCCGUGGAAACCGUGGUCCUGCAGUUGUUCGGUUUCUCUGAUAAUGUGAACGUCUACGUCUUCGUGAAGACCUCCAUGGCGCCGGAUCACGUGGUUUUGGCCAAGGAGGUGGUGACCCUCAACGCCCAGAACAACCACCAGGGUGUCGCACAAAUCCGGCUGUUCCCAGGUCAGGUGGACAAGACUGUGGAUCAUGUGAUUCUCCACGUCCAAUCAGCAGAGAUCAACCAGCACUUGUCCGUCCCCCUGAGCAGAGACAACGGCUUCCUGUUCGUCCAAACUGACAAAUCGCUGUACACGCCCCUGCAGAAAGUCAAAGUCCGGGCCUUUUCCCUGAACCAGGAGCUCAGACCGGCCAAUCGCAGCGUCUUCCUGACCUUUAAGGACCCGGAUCAUGAGACCGUGGACAUGGUGGAGAUGAUUGAUGCGAACAACGGGAUCCCCUCGAUGCAGAACCCCUUUAAGAUCCCCAUCAAACCCAAGUUGGGGAUCUGGUCCAUCGAAGCUUCGUACUCAGAUGAUUUCACCACCAAAGCCACCGCCGACUUCGAAGUAAAGGAAUAUGUUCUGCCCAGUUUCUCCAUCAACAUCCAACCAGAGUCGACGUUCAUCAGCUACAACAGCUUCAAUCAUUUCAGCUUCAAGGUUUCUGCUAGGUAUCUGCACGGCGCUCCGGUGGUGAACGGCGAGGUGUUCAUCCAGUACGGAUACGUCAGCGGGAAGGAUGCGCCGGUGGUCGUGUCCAGCUCCCUCACCAGAGAAAGAUUGUCUCCCACAGGUGAACUGGACGUCAUUGUCAACAUGGAGGAGGUUCUGUCCAAACACGACGGACCCUCUGACCUCAACAGUCUGGUGGGGAAGUACCUGUACGUGGGGGUGCUGGUGCACGAGAGGACAGGUGGGAUCGGUGAAAGGGCGGAGUUUGCCUCGGUGAAGUUCGUCAAAUCUCCGUACAGUCUGAGUCUGGUGUCGACGCCCAGGUUCAUCAAGCCUGGACUUCCUUAUAACAUCCAGGUGUCGGUGAAAGACCACCUGAACAAACCUGUGAGUCGGGUGCGAGUCCGUCUUCUGGAGCGUCUGAUGUUCAGACGGGGGCGGGACGGCGAGGACAUGCCCUGUCAGCCCGACAGCGCCACCAGCAACGCAAACGGCCUGGCGGUGUUCGUCUGCAACACGCCACAGGAAACCCUGAGGGCGGAGCUAAAGUUCGUGACCUCUGACCCCUCCCUCCCUGAUGCCAGUCAGGCCACUCUGACUCUGCCCGCGGUGACGUACUUUUCUCCGAAUCAGCGUUACCUGUACAUCGACCCGCCUGCUCUCGGACGCCGCCCUGUUGUCGGACAGUACGCCAACAUCAAAGUGUACUCAGCCACGCCCUCUUUCCUGUCAAUCAGAACCCUCAACUUCCUGGUUCUGUCCAAAGGGAAGGUGGUCCACUACGGCAGUCAGAACUUCGUCCGUAGCUCCGACAACAGUCAGAGUGUGAGCUUCAUGGUGACGGAGGCCAUGGUGCCGUCCGUCCGCCUGCUGGUUUACUACAUCGUGGGCGGAGAGGGGACGUCUGAACUGGUGGCCGACUCCAUCUGGUUGGAUGUGGCAGGAACAUGCGUCAACGGGCUGCAGACCGAGUUGACCUAUCAGGGUCAGGACCACAGACCGAAGGACACUCUGCAGAUGACCAUCAGGACCAAUCAGAGGGGACUGGUGGCGCUGUCCGCUGUGGACUCAGGCGUCCUCACGCUACGACCCGACUACAAAGAUCCCAUUUCCACGGUUCUACGUCACAUCGAGAAGAGCGAUCAGGGCUGUGGAGGAGGCGGAGGCAGAGACAACGCAGACGUGUUCCGAUUGGCCGGACUCACCUUCAUCACCAACGCCAACGCACAGGCGUCGACCAGCAAUGAGGCGUGUACUGUGGCCGUGCGUCCAAAACGAGCCGUGAGCGACGAGUGCACAAAGAGAGCGGAGCGUUUCUCAGUUGAUUUCCUCAAAAACUGCUGUCUCGAGGCUCUGAAACACAGUCCAAAGGGACUGACCUGCCAAAAGUUUGCCGAGCAGAGGUUUGCAGGAAAACUCCUGUGCCAAAGGGCCUUCACCAUCUGCUGCGAAUGCGUCCAGAGGAGCCUGGAUGGCAACCAGAAACUAGCCAGAGGAGAGAUGGAAAACGACUUUGACGACAUUCCGAUUCUGGUCAGGAGUUACUUCCCAGAGAGUUGGUUAUGGGAGGUUCAGCGCAGCAGUCCAGGUCAGCUGACCCUCAGCAGGACUUUACCGGACUCAUUGACCACAUGGCAGAUCAGAGCGGUCGGAGUCUUCAACAACGGUAUGUGCAUUGCGGACCUGGUUCAGGUGUCGGUCCGCCUACCGCUCAGUGUGGACGUACCGUUGCCCUAUCAGGUGGUCCGAGGUGAGCAGCUGGAGCUCAGAGGCUCCGUGUACAACCAGAUGGUCGACAGCGUCAUGUUUUGCGUGACGCUGACGGUCGGUCCGGAGGUCUGUUUACUCCACUCUCAGCCGGAUAACUCGGGGGCGGGGCUUCGCUCCACUUCCUGCAGCUGGAACCCACUUCCUGCCGAUGGGAAUCGUCCGGUGAGCUUCAUCCUGAUGGGUAUAGAACCGGGAGAACACACCCUGCGCUUCAGCCUGAAGACUCAGCAGGGAGUCCAGGAUGUCCUGGAGAAGACGCUGCGAGUGGUGCCUGAAGGAGUGAAGACGGUGGGGAUGAUCGGAGGAAGACUAGACCCCCAGGGUCUGUACGGUUCAGAGAAGCGGCUGGUGCAGCUGAAGACUGUUCUACCGUCCAACGUGGUCCCUCACGCCCCCGUACACAGACAGCUGACCAUCAACGGGGAGGUCCUGGGGGACGUCCUGUCGGUCAUUCAUAACCCUGAAGGUCUCCAGAAGCUCAUCAACCUGCCGGGGGGGUCGGCGGAGGCGGAGCUUGGAGGAGUCCUGCCCCUCAUCCACGUUUAUCGCUACCUGGAGACAACGGGACGGUGGGACGUCCUGGGAGCAGACAUCCAGAAGAACUCUGGAGACCUGAGGCAGAGGAUCAGAGAGGGUCUGAUCAGCAUCAGCUCCUUCAGAAAAGGAGACGCCACCUACAGCAUGUGGAGGAGGAGGGAGUCCAGCACCUGGCUCACGGCUCAGGCGGUCCAAACUCUGGCUCUGGCAGACGGACUGGUCCCCGUGGACCACCAGUCCCUUUCGGAGUCGGUCAACUGGCUGAUCCAGCGAGUCCAGCAGCCCAACGGGUCCUUCAGCGAGACGGCCUCCUACAGACCCAACAGACUCAUGGCGGGGGGCGCUGAUGCUCUCGACCAGUCGGUCUAUCUGACAUCCUUCGUGUUGAUUGCGUUGCAUAAAGCCACCAGGAUCAGAGACCGGCACCUGCAGGUCCAGUUCCAAAAGGACAGCAUGACCUCAGCAGCAGACUACAUCUCCCGUCAUGCCCCGAGUGUGAAGAGUGUUCAUGUGCUCGCCGUGGCGACCUACGCCCUGACUUUGAAUGACCCCAACAGCAUCGCAGCCAAUCAGCUGCUGAGCCGCCUGGAGGGGCUGGCCCGACAGAAAGGAAACCCCGUUGUGCUGCGGUACUGGCAGGAGGCAGGUGUGGCUUCUGAUUGGUUGAGACCGGACGAGGCCAGCGGAAUGACGGUGGAGACGACGGCGUACGUCCUGAUGACAGUUCUGCUCAAGGGGCGGAUCCACUACAGUAACCCCAUCCUGACCUGGAUGAUGCAGGACCAGCACUACGGACAAGGGUUCAGCGCCAUCCAGGAUACCAUCCUGACUCUGGAGGCCCUCACUGAAUACUCUAAAGUCGUCCCUCGAGCCAACCUGGACCAGACCAUCAACGUCCGCUUUAUACGGGGGGGCGGGGCCAGGCAGGUCCAGCUGAGCCAGAGCCGCCCAGUGGCCACGCCCAUCCAGGUAACGCAGAAUGGUGACAUCACUGUGUCCACAGGUUAUGGGAGAGGUGUGUCACAUGUCAAGCUGAAGACGGUUUUCUACGAGACGACACCUCGUCCUAAAAACUGUAACUUCGACCUGACGGUGGAGAUGAUUGGACCUGACACCACCAACAAUCGAAGCAUCCAGGAUCCACACCUGGUGGCCUGUGCCAAGUUUCAACCUCCUCCCAACGAGCUGUGGACUGAGUCUGGUCUGACUGUGAUGCAGAUCCAGCUGCCGACGGGCGUGGACGCUGUCCUCGAAGACCUGAGACCGUUCAGAGACCUGACGAAGCCGCUGAUCUCACACUACGAACUGGACGGAAACACCGUGGUCAUCCAGGCGGACAGCGUUCCAUCUGAGUACUUCCUGUGUGUCGGGUUUCGGGUCCGGAUUGGGUUCAGGGUGGGCCGGACCAGUGAGUCCCUUUUCAGCGUCUACGAACCUCAGGACAAAGGCAGCGUGUGCACCAAACAGUUCUCGUACGAGCAGCAGAAGCUGCAGAGCCUCUGUGUGGACGGACGGUGCCAGUGCAUGAUGGCGUCAUGUGCCGUGUACAGAGGGGACGUGGACCUGAGUCUGACGGCGGCAAAACGGACCGAGGAAACCUGUCGACCCCAGAUCAAAUACGCCUUCAAGGUGUUGGUGACGUCGACCUCAGCAGAAGGAGACUUUGUGUCCUUCACAGCCACCGUAGAUGAAGUCCUGAAGAACACGGACAGAGACUUGGAGGCGGUCAGUAAAGGUACCGAAGUGGACCUGGUGAAGAAAACCACCUGCAGCUCCAUCAUCAUCCAGAACCAACACCAGUACCUGGUGAUGGGAGGAGGCGGGGCAGAGGUCGCCCUUGGCAACGCCUUCAAGUACCGUCUGCCUCUGGACUCGGACGCCGUGGUGGAGGCGUGGCCUACACACUGUAGUUCCACCGCCUGUCAGGACUACGUCACCCAGCUGAACGACUACGCCCUGGACCUGGAGCUGUUCAGCUGCCCAGACCCGUCCUGAGCCGGUCCCACUGACCCGUCUGUCCUGUUUGUAUGUGUUUGACUGGUACCGGGACCGGUCCGGUGGUUUCACUGUGUCUGUGAUGUUCAACCAUUA